AUGUCCUCAUCGCGUGGAAGGGUAGAAGACGUAUAUGAGUCGCAGAAUGACCAACGGCUCGACGAACUGCAUUCAAAAAUCAGGACAUUGCGUGGGAUAACGACAGACAUUCAUUCAGACGUAGAGUCGCAGAAUCUUAUGCUUGACGAAACAGGCGACCGUUUCUCGUCUUUCGGUUCUCAGCUAAUGCAGACCUCUCGGCGGGCCGGGCAGGCAUUUGGCAUCGGUACAGGCAGCCUGAAGCCGUGGCGGAUUGCCAUGCUUAUCGUUGGCGUUUUCCUGGCGUUCUGGGUGUCAUCGAAGUUGCUGCGGUGGUGGUGGGGCAGUCCCGCAUGA